AUGAGCAACCGAGCCACAUUUCUGGAAACUGCAAAGGGAGAGUUCCGUGUUCGCGAUGCUGAUUUAGUAGAGCCUGGCCAAGGCGAAGUACUCGUCAAGGUCCACGCUUGCGCCAUACAACCAGCAGAUGCAAAAUGUGCAAAGCUCUCGAUAAUGCCUGUAGAGUAUCCUGCAGUCCUUGGCAGUCCCGUUGCAGGUACCGUAGAGGCUGUUGGGACUGGUGUGAGCAACGUCACCGUUGGAGAGCGGAUAGUAUGCGGCACAAAGAUCUUCUCGCAUAAGAAGGCCAAAUACGGUGGACUGCAGCGCUUCACCGUCGUUGAUGAGUCUGAAGUUGUUGAAAUUGGCGACAUGGAGUUCACCAAGGCUGUAACUCUGGCUUCUUACACACCUCCAGGAGCCCUCUUCGGCUCAUCAACACUAAACAUGCAUCGUCCCACUAUACCAGCCUCACCACUGCCCGCGAAUGAGCAGGGGAAGAAGAUUCUUAUCUGGGGAGGAUCGUCCGCUAUGGGCUCUCUCUCAAUCUCCUACGCGAAGGCAGCUGGGUACACGGUCAUCAGCACAAGCUCACCCCACAACUUUGGUCUUCUUCGCGACUGCGGUGCAGACCAUAUCUUCGACCACAGCGACCCAGCAACUGUUGGUGCAAUCCGCGAUCUCUUCCCCAUUCACUACUGGUUUGACACCAUCGCCCUCAAGGCCUCGUUGUCCACUCUCAUCAAGAUACUCGCACCAGUAGGCGAGCCAGUUACAAAGGCAAACAUCCUUACUUUACUGCCUCCGAUUAUGACGGGUAUGAAGGCCGAGGACUUCCCCGAAGGAAUUACGGCGCAAUUUCAUCGUUUCUCUACGCAUGCACCGGAGAAUGCAGAGUGGCACGACCACUUCCUCGCGCGUGGCGGGUUUCUAGAAAAAGCUAUCAAGAGUGGGGUAUUGAAAGGUGUUCCUGCUGAAGUGAUCGGUGGCUUAGAUCAUGUCGCUGAAGGUGUUGAGAAAGUGCAUAACGGAGUCAGCGGGAAGAAGAUUGUUAUCCAGCCAUGGGUGUGA